GAAAAGAGAAAUAACUUAAUUAAGCAACGCGCUGCUCCUAAUAUAGAUUUCGACUUUGGCACCAGGACUGUCAAGCCUUAUCGUGCUGAAAAAAUAUCAUAUCGUGCUAAUGAGCGUGCAGAGGAUAUCUCAGUAACGUGUAGAGGACGUGAUAAAGGUCAAAUGGUGAAGGGGAAAAAGGGAGAUGGCACUAUAGAAAAAGCCCUCACAUGCUGCUGCAAUGAGACAGAGGAAAAAUAG